GUUACUGGGCAUUUAGACGACUGUGCCUGUGAUGUAGAAACCAUUGAUGCCUUCAACAACUACAAGCUUUUUCCUAGACUGAAUGAACUCCUGCAAAGUGACUAUUUUAGAUACUACAAGGUAAACCUAAAGAAACCUUGUCCUUUUUGGAAUGACAACAGUCAUUGUGGAAUAAGAGACUGUGCCGUACAGCCCUGCCCAUCUGAUGAAGUCCCUGAUGGAAUCAGAUCUGGAAGUUACAAGUAUUCGGAAGAAGCCAAUAACCUUGCCGAAGAAUGUGAAGAAGCCAAGAGACUUGGAGCUGUUGACGGCUCUUUGAGUGAGAAAACCCAGCAGGCAGUGCUCCAGUGGACACAGCACGAUGACUCUUCCGACAGCUUCUGCGAAGCUGAUGACAUCUAUUCUCCUGACGCAGAGUAUGUGGAUUUACUCCUGAAUCCUGAACGCUAUACUGGCUACAAAGGACCAGAUGCCUGGAAAAUUUGGAACAGUAUUUAUGAAGAAAACUGCUUCAAGCCUCAGAACGUAAGAAGACCUUUGGCACCUGGUAGAGGAGACGAUGGAGGGCAUACGUUUUACAAGUGGCUGAAAGGUGUCUGUGUAGAGAAACGAGCUUUCUACAAACUCGUUUCUGGUCUCCAUGCAAGCAUCAACAUCCAUUUGAGCGCCAGGUACCUUUUACAAGAUACGUGGUCAGAGAAGAAAUGGGGCCCCAACGUUACAGAGUUCCAGCAGAGAUUUGAUGAAGUCAUCACCAGAGGGGAAGGUCCCAGAAGACUCAAGAACCUGUAUUUUCUCUACCUGAUAGAGCUGCGGGCCCUAUCCAAAGUGCUGCCGUUCUUCGAGCGCCCAGCUUUCCAGCUGUACACGGGGAAUAAAACUCACGACACGGAAAUGAAAAAAAUGUUGCUGGAAAUUCUCCAUCUGGCCAAGUCUUUCCCACUGCAUUUUGAUGAAAACUCAUUCUUUGCGGGGAAUAAAAAGGAAGCUGCUAAACUAAAGGAGGAAUUUAGGCUGCACUUCAAGAAUAUUUCUAAGAUAAUGGACUGUGUUGGCUGCUUCAAAUGUCGCCUGUGGGGGAAGUUGCAGACGCAGGGCUUGGGUACCGUGCUGAAGAUCCUCUUUUCGGAAAACCUGAUAGAAAAGAUACCUGAAAGCGGCCCUUCCUAUGGAUUCCAGCUGACGAGACAAGAAAUCGUUGCCUUAUUUAAUGCUUUCGGAAGGAUUUCAACAAGCGUUAGAGAACUGGAGAACUUCAGGCACAUGUUACGAAAGAUGCGGUGAAUUCACGGGGGAAAGAGAGACUUAAAACUUUUUACUGCUUGGUUGUUCUGGGUUCUCAAAAAAAGGGAGGAAGGCCAUCGUUCCAUCACACUCCCAACCACUCAGCGCUGACGGCCACUUUGCUGGCCCUCCCGUGCCCAGCGGCUUGUCUGUGACCUGCUGAUGACAAAUUGUCUGUACGGGGGGGGGGAAAAAAAAAAGCUACUUUUUUUGUAUAAAAGUGGGGACUAGAUGUAAAGCUUAUUUUAAAUAUGGGAAGAUCACUGGGAAUAACUUCUUUAAAUGUUGC